UCCUAAUGUGUGGUGCGUCACUCAAAGAAGGCUUGUUAAUAACGUGUGAAUAUUGUUUAAGUAUACUCUGUAAGGUUAAUCGUUAAUGGAAGUGGAAAUAUAAUCAUGAUGUCAAAUUGGAACCAAAAUACCAGAAUGACCUCUACGACGGCAGGUGCAUGUCCUCUCUACACAAUGGGUAGACCACAAAGCAAACCUCUUCUUUCGGUGGACAGUAAUUGCGUGACCAAGAAUGGAGUAUCGUCGAGUAGAAGCUUCAGCACAAUGGGUAUAGGAAUUAUCGGCACUAUUCUACAAAGGGUGGCCAAUAUAUUCAUACCUAAUGUAACACAGAUGAAUACAUUGGAAAUAAACAAACAGUCACUAUCGGCUCCGGAUAUAUUUGUCGAUAUUAGCAUUAAUACACCGAUCUUCGAAGCUGCCCAUGGAAAAACUAAGCUUACGAUUCCAGAAGACGAAGCUAACUGUGAUCAAACUAAAUCUCUUACCGUUGGAAAUCCUCCUUUUGACUGGUGUCCAAUUAGAGAUGAAGUGGAUGCGAUGAGGAGUACUGACCGCGAAGAAUUGGGAAAGAAUAGAAAGAGAGUGAAGGCUGUAUGUAAUCAAGAAGCAUCUUCUAGUAUGAGCGAGCAUAGUUCCAUUAGGACACGGAGGGCCGUUGAUAGGUCACUUAAUGUAUACUCUAAACCAAAAGGAUGCUACAAAAAUCGCAAGGAAAAGGAUCGAUAUAAUCUGCUGAUUGAUAUAAUGGAAGAUGUUCGACAUAUUUCCGACGAUAAUGAAUUCGAUUCAGAAACAGAAAAUAACAAUCCUGUUCAAAGCCUUGGCUAUGAAAUAAGAAAUAGUAUCUGUUCGAUUUCGUUCUCGGCUAAGAACAUGACCGGUGUUCUAGAUCUAUCAGAAAAAUCAUUUCCCGCCAUCUGUUCACCGAUUCAAGAAGAUCGCAAUUGCGUGGUUCCGGGUGAUAAGCGCGAAAGUCGACCAUCGGAGAGUGAUAGCGAGAAUAGUUUUGUUAUUUUUUCGGAAAAUGUGCAAAUGACAACUCCAUCUGCAAGCCCCCCCAUGAGGAGGGAUCUCUGUUCAACGAUUAAUAACUUCUUCACCCCGUCAAUGUUAGAGAGACGACAGCGACAGAGACAAGUGUCGGAGUGCAGCGAUGAUAGUAUCGUGUUUUGCUACGAAAGCGAUCAAGAAGAAAAUGUCUGUCAACAUGAAACGGAUCUUGAUUCGGAUGACGACUCUGAAGAAGAAACAGAUGAAAACAGUUGCAAAGACGAUAGCGAAGACACCAUAUCACAUCAACCGGACUCCGGUUUUGAAGAGAGAAAGGUACAAUUCAAUCUCAAACCAGAGGUGCACGUGAUGAGGACAUGGGACUUCGCCUACCGCCAAGCGCGAAAAGGAGAGUGGGAAAUGGCUGCGAGAGACCGCGAACGAUUCAAAAAACGAAUUCAUGAAACAGAGGACGUUCUUAGCAGAGUGUUCAAUAAAAAUGUGCGUGAUAGAGUGUAUCUGGAAAGAUUUAACUACGAGUAUGAAUAUUCUCUUAAUAAGGAUUCAAUGUUGAGCUCCCAGAAUUUUAUUAGACGUUAGUCAAAUUAUGUUGUCUCUGGUCUCUGUCUAAUGACCAUUUGCUAGCAAGGGAAUAUAAUGCAAAUAUGUAAAAAGUGUGGAAUAAACUAUGCAUACCUUUUAAGAAAUUAUUAUAUUUCUGCUUAUUGAGUUGUUAUAA